AUGUCGUGCUCGUCUUCCUCCUCGACACCUCUAUCUCGCAAAGAAGUUGAGGCCGCGUUUGCAAUGUGCAAUGAAGAACGCCCACAUCUACUCAAGCUAUCGGAUUUGAAGCUUGUCAUGCGGGCUCUUGGUUUCGAUCCUCGUAACGCACAAAUUGAUCAGAUGACUAUGAGAUUCAGGGAAAUGCAGCGAACUAAGGUGGGAGGCCAUCAAGAAGUUGAUCAUAUGGAUGUUGAUGAAUUUCUGGAAAUACUCAAGGAAGAUAAUGGUGAAAAAGAUGAGACGGCCGACGAAAUGCGUAGUGCCUUCAAACUUUUCGACAAGGAAGGCAAGGGAUGGAUCACAGCAGAAAACCUCAGACAGGUAGCAAAAGAACUUGGUGAGGAUUUGAGUGAGGAAGAUCUGGAGGAAAUGAUCAAGGAAGCAAGCAAGGAUGCAGAAGGCCGCGUUGCUGAAGCAGACUUUUUCGCUAUUAUGAAAAGAACAUGUCUGUAUUAA